GGCCAUGGCUCGGAAACUCGAGAAAGGGGAAGUAAAAAAAGUGAAGUACGUUCUACCGUCACUUUUUACUUCUUGCACAUGUAACUAAUACUUUAUAGUAAUAAUAGUUGUUGCAGGGCAAUGGUUGAUUCAGAUGAUCCAGCAGCUUGUUGAAAGCCUAAUCUAGGGACAGAUGUAUCACGACCGCGCUACGCCAGAUGCAGUGCUGACAGUCAGUUCCUACCCAGGACCUGUUCCGAUUGGCGAUUGCCCCGACUCUUCACAUCAACAUUAUUACUAGUACAUGACUGUAUCAGGUUUGACAGAGUUUGCUGCAGCGAUAUUUUCACUUUGGGCUCAAUCCAGUGUGCCCCAUCGCAGUGGUCGUUUUUUACAGACAGCAGUAAACAGCCGCUAGGUUAGUAAUCAUGACCACUGCAGUAGCAGCCGCAGCAAGCGUGGAUACGACACCGACACGGUUGGCGGAGAUGAAUGCAUCGUUCUUCUCAAGAUGGUCGGAGCAGCAUCAGCAUCAGCUCACGGUUGGUGAAGAAAUGCCACCAGUGAUUGUGCCAUGGAGAUUAAGCUUUACAAGAGUGAGAUGUACUGAGGCUGACAUUCGAGCAAACUGCCAAGAAUGGAUUCUGCGACACUUGGACGAUCAGGCUUGCCCUCACCCUCUUGCUGAGUACAUAUGUCAACAGUCACUAUCCAUUAUCAUCAGCACCAUGGACAGAAGCGAUUACUGUCUCUCCGAUCAGGCUGAGCUAGGUUCAAGGUGCCGCCCGGCUGCUACCGCAAGCACAGGUACUGGCAGCAGUGAUAACAGCACAGGUGCCAGUGACACAAACACUAGCCAACAAGCAGCCCAUGAUGAUGGUGAAAGUGAGAAUGCUGGCUUGUUGGAUGGCAUGAAAGUAUGCCAGCAUGCGCUGACCAUCUGCAGGAAGGUGUGCACAGAUCUGCUGCAGGAAAGGAGUAGUGUUUCUGGGCACCUACCAUUGAAUUGCAAGUGGCUGUGGAAUGUCUCAGCACAAGCUAUACGCAAUAGGCGAAGGAAAAUGGAGGAUCGGCAUCUUGUCAUGCCAUAUCUGGAGAUUCUCUCCGAAGCAAAGAGCAUACCACCCACAUCACUCUAUGCUGUAUUUGAUGGUCAUCGUGGUGCUGAUGCAGCUGAGUUCUCAGCCACUCACCUGCCCAGCAUUCUGCUAGAGAAUGAUCAUUUUGAGAGUGAUCUAAUGAUGGCUAUGGAGGAGUCACUUAGGGAGCUGGACAGACAGUUCAUCGACUAUUCCCAGUCUAAGGGCAAUAUCAAGGCAGGCUGCACAGCUGUGAUCGUCUGUGUACGUCAUGCACACAUGUAUUGUGCAUGGCUUGGCGACUCGCAGUUGCUAAUAGCAACGCGGGGAGAUGAUGGAGCAAGGCUGGUUACAACUCCUCAUACAGCUUCUAGUGAGGCCGAACAAAGUCGUAUUGAUGCACUGGGUGGAAUAUGUAUCCAAGCAUCUGGCAGCUGGAGAGUCAGUGGCCAGCUGGCUGUUUCCCGAGCUAUUGGUGAUUGUGAUUUGAAGAAAUAUUUGGUGAGCGACUGCGACAAGAUGUCAGUGGAGAUAAGCAAUGAUGUUGACUACAUUGUGUUGGCUUGUGAUGGUGUAUGGGAUGCCAAGGACAUCUCAUUGCACACAAUGCAUACUACUAUCCACCAGUGCAGAACAACAGUGGCAGGCGAGCAGUUAUCAUCAGAAGCAGCCAAGGCACUAGUGGAUUUGGCUAGGACUGCUUCAGAUGAUAACAUUACAGCUAUUGUAGUUGAUAUGAGAGGCUAUGCUGCGCAACUCUAAUACUUGACUCUAAUGCGCUCACACGUUCAUCCACACACACGCGCGCGCGCGCGUGUGUGUGUGUGUGUGUGUGUGUGUGUGUGUGUGUGUGCGUGCGUGCGUGUGGUGUGUGCGUGUAUUCGUGUGCAUGAGUGUGUGCCUGCUCAUGCUUCACUAGUGAGCUAGUUUGAUUCUUGGCAAUUUGUAUCAGUAUUUAGUAGCUAUCCCAGUUUAGUAUGUCAGAUGAGCUCAUUUUGGCAUGGUUAUUCCUCCAAUGCAGAGCAUGAAAGUUUACACUAUUAUGCUCAUGUUUUUCUUGCUCCUGCCUGCAAGCCCUCGUACAAGGGCAUGCAUGCCAUCAUACUAGCAUGCACACCCUUGUACUGGCAUGCAAUACCUGUGUCCUUGCUGCAUCAUAAUUAUUAUUAUCUUGGUGGUAGAUGAUGCAGGUCAGUAGAUGUAGGCAAAGCAGUUGUCCCUGUAGUGUCAAUGCUGGCCAGCUGUCGUCAUGAUUCAACAGUGAACAUACGGUGUUCAUUAUUCAGCAGUGAACAUUUGAAAGUGAAUCAUAUUGAGUUUUAAAUACACCGCCACCAUUGCCGUUGACUGACAGUCUGUGAUGGUAGAAAGUAA